AUGGCAUCGCAGCUUAACUCACAGUACGACGAAGAGCCAAUUUCAAGCUUUGUGUUCGGCAGCCGUGGCAACCAGCAAACAUUUCGCCAUCAGUGGCAAGUGGAUGGCGAGCUGCAGGAGUGCGACACCUGCUUCAGCAGCAUCGAUGCCGAUGAGCCGCCCAGCCAACAUUGGCUGCAACAUGGCCGCCAGCAGCAACCACAGUUGAGCAAACAACAACAGGCUGUGCUCGACAUUAUCGAGGCACGACGAAUUGAAACGUUCUUCAUUUGCGACGAGAGUGCCAAGGAUGAUCUGGACAGCUUCAUGAGUGACACUUGCUCACGUGCAAUCCCCGAAUUGCUGCGAUGGAUGUUCCACAAUGGGUCACAGCGUGUGGAAUUCAAUUUGGCCUGCUAUGUGAAUGUGUUGAGUCAAGUGCACAUCUUCCAAAGCGGCUCACUCUGUGUGGAACAUCACUACGACAUCGAGGAGUGUGUGAGCGUCAUCUACGAGAUGAUCACUCAACGCAUCGAGAACUAUCUGGCCAGCAGUCACGAUGUCGGCCUCGAGGAGUGCAGCAUCACCCGACUUCGCGUACAAGUCAAGCGUAUGCGUAUCGACAAUGAAAGUGCUUGCGACUUGGAGUUGCCACUGCCACUUCAACUGCGCCACGAGUCAGCCACUGUCAGCCACAACAGCAAGACAAGCGAAGCGGAAUUGGCCAGUUUACAUGCGGCAUAUGUGAAGCAUCACCGGGAGUGCAAUGGCUAUUUCCCCUCCAACAUGCGUGUGAAUCUCUACGGGCUACAACAGUGUCAGACCACCAAGGAGCUAUAUGUGGUGCCUUAUCACAUUAGCGAAACUCUGCAGCAGCAGCCCAACAAGAACUUUCUCAUCCUCAACAAUAGCAUGGGACAGUUCCAGCGGCUCCAUGAGCUGCAGACACCCAUCGAGCAAGUCAGCAAGAGCCAGAAGAACCAAAAGCACAAUAACAACUCCCGCUCACGUCCAUUGCAAUGUCGUCGUUGUCGUGCGCAGUUCAAGUGCCGCAGUCGGUUGCAUAUUCAUCAGCAAUUGCGGUGCGGACAGGACUUUAGUGUGGACAGCAUGCAUCCUGAUAUUGUAGAGAUCUAUGAGCAGUGUCUGCCCAUUUCACGCAGCCACUUUCAGUUCAAUUGUUAUGGCAUCACGAAGCCAAAGACUGUGAUGCGAAAAGGUCAGUUUGUGCCCAUCGAGUGUGAUUGGCGCAAAAAGAGCUCCGUUCAGGUGCAGCAAGGUCCUUGCGUGAUCAUCAGCAACUCUGAGAUGGGCAGUCCUUGUAAAUUAAGUUAA